AUGAAAGAGCAACCUAUGCCACGGGCAAUUGAAGGCCUCCUUGUUGAUAUUUCUGAUUCAACAGCAAAAGAGAAAGCCGACUGCCAUGAAAAAGUGAAAAAACCUUUUGUUGAGGUGGAGGUUGAGGUUGAGGAAUUUGAACCCAGACCCAAUGUCUCAUCCUACAAUGAUGAUGAAACUAAAGCAGAGCUCUCUUCCAAAGACAAUGCUGGUCCCAAAGCUAAGCAGUCAUUUGCAGCCAAAGAAGAUAAGCAGCCUUUUGAGGAAGAUUUUGAGCCAAGGCCAAAUGUUUCGGUUUACAAUGACUAA